CGUGCGUCAGCGUCACCGGUGACGCGCCCGCCGCGUCCCCCCGCGUGUCCCCGUCCCCCCCCGGGUCCCCCCCGGUUUCGGGGCGGCGCGGGGCCGGUGACGCGGCGCUGACGCGGGCGCGGGGCCGCAUAAAGCGGCGGGCGCGGGCCCGGGCGGGCGGAGGAUGCUCCGCUCCACCAAAGGCGCCUCCAAGGCGCGGCGGGACCAGAUCAACGCGCAGAUCCGCGCCCUGCGCGACCUCCUCCCGCUGCCCGACGGCGACCGGCCGCGCCUCUCCUACCUGCACGUCAUGGCCCUGGCCUGCAUCUACACCCGCAAGGGAGCCUGCCCGAGCCGGGGGGCGCCCCUGGAGCUGCUGGGGGGGCCCGAGCUCGCCGACCUGGUGGCGUCGCUGCCCGGGUUCCUGCUGGCCGUGACCCGCGAGGGGAAGCUGGUCGGGGUCACCGACAACGUGGCCCAGCACCUGGGGCACUCCAUGGUGGAUCUGGUGGCGCAAGGGGACAGCAUCUACGACCUGCUGGACCCCGCCGAUCACCCCCUGGUGCGGCACCAGCUGAGCCUGCCCGGGCCCCCCCAGGCAGAGCGCCUGUUCCGCUGCCGCUUCACCACCUCCCGCGCCUCGCGCCGCCCCAGCGCCGGCCGCAAGCUGGUGCUGCUGCGGGGGCGCUUCCAGGAGCCCCCCGGGCCCCCCGGCGCCGCCCCCGCGCUCUUCGUGGCCUUCUGCGCCCCCCUGGACCCCCCGCCCUGGCCCUGCCCCGACUGCCUCCUGCUGCCGGCCUUCCAGAGCCGCCACGCCCGCGACCUGGCGCUGCUGGACAUCUCCGACAGUGUCCUGGUGCACCUGGGCUACGGCCGGGCCGAGCUGCUGGGCCGCUCCUGGUACCGCCUGCUGCACCCCGAGGACCUCGGCCACGUGGCGCGCCAGCACCUGCGCCUCGCGGCCGCAGGGCCGGACGCUCGGGCCGAGUUGGUGACGCGGCUGCAGCGCAAGGACGGCCUGGGCUGGACCUGGGUCUACGCCCGCCUGCGGCCGGAGGGGCCGGCGCUGCUGGCCCACAACUUCAUCAUCAGCGAGGCCGAGGCCUGGUGCCUGCGGCAGCAGUUGGCGGCCGAAGCCCCCCCGGGACCCCCGGAGCCGUUCGGCCUCGACUUCCCCGGCGGCGACCUGGGCCUGGAGCUGGGCGUGGGCAGCGAUGGAGGGGCCGGCGCCGGCCUGGGGCUGGCGGUCAGCGCCGGCUGCGGCCUCGGAGGUGAUGCUGGACACGGCCUCGGACACGGCGCUGCGGCCGCCAUCGACCCCGGGCUGGGGGCCACCGUCGGCCACGGGCUGGGAGCCGCCCUGGGCAGCGGCGUGGAGCCCGGCCUGGGGGCCGGCCUCGGACGCGGCCUCGGACACGGCGCUGCGGCCACCGCGGAGCCCGGGCUCGGGCCCGGCAUCGGGCACGGCCUGGGAGGAAGCGCCACGGCCGCCAUCGAGUCCGGCCUGGUGGCCACCAUCGGACACGGCCUGGGGGCCAGCACUGCGGCCACCAUGGACACUGGACUCGGCGCCGGCGUCGCCCCGAACGUUGGCCACGCUCUCGGAGACGGCCUGGGCUCGGACACCGGCCUCAGCCUCGGUGUGGGCAGCGGCAUCAGAGUGGACGUUGGCCUGGGCAUGGCGGCCGGAGCCGGCGUGGGCCCCGCCCUGGGCGCUGACCUCGGCGAGGAGCUGGGCGGGGCCGGCGUGGCCGAAGUGACCGCUGGCAUCGGAGCGGGCGUGGCUGAAGUGACCGCCGGCAUCGGGCCGGGCGUGGCCGGAGUGACCGCCGGUAUCGGAGUGGCCGAAGUGACCGCUGGAAUCGGAGCGGGCGUGGCCGAAGUGACCGCCGGCAUCGGGCCAGGUGUGGCUGGAGUGACCGCCGGCAUCGGGCCGGGCGUGGCCGGAGUGACCGCCGGCAUCGGGCCGGGCGUGGCCCUGAGCAUCGGCGCCAACAUCGGGCCCGGCCUGGCCGGCGGCGCCAUCAGGGCCAGCAUUGGGCUGGGGCUCGGCCAGCCGGACAUCGGAGUGACCGUCGGGGCCGGGCUCAGCGGCGGCGUGGGAGCCACGCCCGGAGCCGGACUGGGACUGACCACAGGAACCAGCGCUGGCACUGGCCUUGGGCACAGCGAGCCAACGCCGGCCUUGGCCAUGGCGUGGGAUUGA